UUCAAACAGAGCUUCUACGUUUGCCGGUCGUUAUGCGUUGGUUUGUAUUUACUACACCUUCCCCAGACUUCUCUGCUUCCAACCUACAUGUGAACCUGUCUGUAUCUGUGUUUUACAUGCUCAGGCAAGCUGCAGCGCUGUAGCUUCUAACAAUUCAGAGGAACGAAAAGAGGUCAGACACAUUUAGUUACAGAAGCUGGCAUAGCCACUUCUGAGAACAGGAAGCAGAAGCAAUAUAAUAUGACUUAGGUGACCAAACACAUAUCAGGAAUAAUAUAAAAUGAAGUCAGUUGAGCUGUCACUUGGAUGCUGAUAUGUAAAGCAAAAUGGCUAAAAUCAACACCCAGCAUUCCUACCCUGCUAUGCACAGGCUGUCUAUUAGGACCACUGAUGAAGACAUUGAAAGAAUUGAAAAUGGCUUUAGCAGGACCCAUUCACUGUGUGAGGACACUUGUUCAGAAUUGCAGAGAGUCAUUUCCAUGGAGACAAGAGGCCUGUCUGAAUCCCGCAGGAGCUCAUUCACAGGCACUGGAGCAAUGGCUAGGUUAUCCCGUUUCAUCUUAUCACUGAGAUCAUGGGCGACACAACAUUUGCAUCAUGAAGACCAAAGGCCAGAUUCUUUCCUUGAACGUAUCCGAGAGCCAGAGCUCAAAGAGGUAUCCAGCAGGGAAAGUAACACUCAUUCCAAUUUGAGCAACUAUGAGCAGCCAGGCAAAGUGAAAAAUCACUGGUCCCUGGCCAGAUUUAAUGUCAACAACAGCAACAACACCAAUGAAGACAAGAAUAAAGAAAAGAAAGAGGCAAAGGAGGAGAAAAAAGAAGAAAAAAAGGAGGAAAAGAAAGAGGAGAAAAAAGACGACAAAAAAGAUGAUAAAAAAAAAGAGGAGAAGAAAAAGGAGAUCUUUGUGAUUGAUCCUUCAAGCAACCUGUACUAUAGGUGGCUGACCAUAAUCGCGACCCCAGUAUUCUAUAACUGGUGUAUGCUAGUGUGCAGAGCCUGUUUUGAUGAGCUACAAACUAAACAUAUUAUAUUAUGGGUGGUCUUGGACUAUAGCUCAGAUAUCAUCUACAUACUGGACACAUUCGUCAGAUUCAGGACAGGCUUCCUUGAACAAGGCUUACUAGUCCAAGAUGAAAAGAAACUAAGACUACAUUACACUACUACCGUACAGUUCAGAUUAGAUAUGCUCUCUCUUUUACCAACAGACCUGGCAUAUUUAAAACUUGGGUUGAACUACCCUGAACUACGGUUUAACCGCUUGCUGAGGUUUGCCAGGCUAUUUGAGUUUUUUGACCGCACAGAAACCAGGACAAACUAUCCAAAUAUGUUUCGGAUUGGAAAUCUUGUCUUGUACAUUCUUAUCAUCAUCCACUGGAAUGCAUGCAUAUAUUUUGCAAUUUCAAAGCUUAUUGGGUUUGGAACUGACUCCUGGGUCUAUCCCAAUGUGUCCCAUCCAGAAUAUGGACGUCUGUCCAGAAAGUAUAUUUACUGUUUGUAUUGGUCAACACUGACACUGACGACAAUUGGAGAAACCCCGCCUCCUGUGAAAGAUGAAGAGUAUCUCUUUGUGGUCAUUGACUUCUUGGUGGGUGUGCUGAUCUUCGCUACUAUUGUCGGUAACGUAGGCUCUAUGAUUUCCAACAUGAAUGCCUCCAGGGCAGAUUUCCAGGCCAAAAUUGAUUCCAUAAAACAGUAUAUGCAUUUCCGAAAGGUGACAAAGGAUUUGGAGGCCAGGGUCAUUAAGUGGUUUGAUUACCUCUGGACCAACAAGAAAACAGUAGAUGAGAAGGAAGUUCUUAAAAACCUGCCUGACAAACUUAAGGCUGAAAUUGCUAUCAAUGUCCAUCUGGACACGCUAAAGAAAGUGCGUAUCUUCCAGGAUUGUGAAGCUGGGCUUCUUAUUGAGCUGGUGCUGAAGCUGAGACCUACGGUCUUUAGUCCUGGAGAUUACAUCUGCAAAAAGGGGGAUAUUGGGAGAGAAAUGUACAUCAUUAAGGAGGGGAAGUUGGCUGUGGUGGCAGAUGAUGGCAUAACACAGUUUGUUGUCCUAAGCGAUGGCAGCUACUUUGGAGAAAUCAGCAUCUUAAACAUCAAAGGUAGCAAAUCUGGUAACAGACGGACAGCCAACAUCAGGAGCAUUGGUUAUUCUGAUCUAUUCUGUUUGUCCAAAGAUGAUUUGAUGGAAGCCCUCACUGAAUAUCCUGAUGCCAAAAAGGCAUUGGAAGAGAAAGGGCGGCAAAUUCUGAUGAAAGACAAUUUAAUAGAUGAGGAGGCGGCAAAAGCAGGAGCUGACCCUAAAGACUUGGAAGAAAAAGUAGAAAGACUUGAAAGCACUCUGGACAAUCUACAGACUAGGUUUGCUAGGCUCAUGGCAGAAUACAACUCAACUCAACUCAAAGUAAAGCAGAGACUCACCAAAGUGGAAAACAAAAUGAAGAAAUAUGGAAGUGGCUUCUUAUCUGAUGGAGGGGAAGAAUCUGUAAAAACUGAAGAAGUGGAGAAAAAGAAUUAAUAGUUCAUUUAUAUUUCCUCAUUUAAUCUAGAAUAUUUCAGCAUGUAAAGCCAUAAAUAUAUAUAUAUAUAUAUGAAAACACUC